GCGCUUGAACACUGGCGUCCGGCGUGGAAGAGUCCUCGGAGACCGCCAGAAGUGAGCCAGCCGGAGUCUGGGAGAGUUCCCUUCUGGCCGAGAGGGGGAGCCCCGCGUUCCCAGCCGGGAGCGACCCCGAGUUCCGAGCCUCCAGCCCCAGCCGCCGCCAGCGCCAAUUUUGGCUUCAGCCGAUUAGAAAGAGGAGGGAGAGGGCAGAGAGCGUGGAGAGGGAGGGGACCGGAGCCGGAGGGUCCCGAAUCGAGCCCUGCACUGACGUACAGAAACUUUCCUGGUCGGCCACGGAAACGUCGCCGCGGCGGUGCCGGAGCAGCGAUCGCCGGGCUCCGGGGACGCCGCAGCUCUCCACGCCCCUGCCCCGAGCCUGACCCACUGCAUCGGUCAGUAAGUUAUAUGGGAUUGCAUCUGAUAUACAGAGGAGAGAAAGUGAUUUUGAAGAACUUGGAUGGCAACUGCUUGAAACUAUCCAAAGUGAAGUGUCUAUAUUCUUUCCACUAAGGUUGCAUAUCCAGGGUAUAAAGUGUGAUUGAAUUGAACACCUAUUUGGCUGGCUUUCAUCAUGAACCGUGCUUUUAGCAGAAAGAAAGACAAAACAUGGAUGCAUACGCCAGAAGCUUUAUCAAAACAUUACAUUCCCUAUAAUGCAAAGUUUCUUGGCAGCACAGAAGUGGAGCAGCCCAAAGGAACAGAAGUUGUCAGAGAUGCUGUAAGAAAACUAAAGUUUGCAAGACAUAUCAAGAAAUCUGAAGGCCAGAAAAUUCCUAAAGUUGAGUUGCAAAUAUCAAUUUAUGGAGUAAAAAUUCUAGAACCCAAAACAAAGGAAGUCCAACACAAUUGCCAGCUUCAUAGAAUAUCAUUUUGUGCAGAUGAUAAAACUGACAAGAGGAUAUUCACUUUCAUAUGCAAAGAUUCUGAGUCAAAUAAACAUUUGUGCUAUGUAUUUGACAGCGAAAAGUGUGCUGAAGAGAUCACUUUAACGAUCGGCCAAGCAUUUAACCUGGCAUACAGGAAAUUUCUAGAAUCUGGAGGAAAAGACGUUGAGACAAGAAAACAGAUCGCAGGGUUACAGAAAAGAAUUCAAGACUUAGAAACAGAAAAUACGGAACUUAAAAACAAAGUACAAGAUUUGGAAAACCAGUUAAGAAUAACCCAGGUAUCAACAUCUCCAGCAGGCAGUGUGUCACCUAAGUCACCCUCCACUGACAUCUUUGAUAUGAUUCCAUUUUCUCCAACAUCACACCAGUCUUCAGUACCUACUCCCAAUGGCACACAGCCACCUCCAGUUCCUAGUAGAUCUACUGAAAUUAAGCGAGACCUGUUUGGAGCAGAGCCUUUUGACCCAUUUAAUUGUGGAGCAGGGGAUUUCCCUCCAGAUAUUCAAUCAAAAUUAGAUGAAAUGCAGGAGGGGUUCAAAAUGGGACUAACUCUUGAAGGCACAGUAUUUUGUCUCGACCCAUUAGACAGCAGGUGCUGAUGUCAAGUAAAGAGUUCCUGAUUCGUGUUAAGUUUAUUUUAUCAUAUAUAUAUCAUUCAUUACUACUUUAUGACAGGUCUUAUCUGUGUGCCAAUAUAUUUUUUAAUAUCCUCACUUUAUGAAAAUUAUUUCAGCAAAAUUUCUCAUACAUUCACUGUUGAUCUGUAACAUUUUAUUUUAAAAGUAAAGCAUUCUUUUAUGUUCAUUUCUGUUUCUGUUGUAGAAGAACUUAUAGUCAAAAGACAAAUUAUCCAAAUAUCAAUCUUGUGUUUGAGUUCUAAAUAGUUAGCAUCUUGAAAUUUGUGUUCAUGCUCCAGGCUGCUAGUUUAUUAUUGAUUUUCCAAAAGCCAUACCUUAAUGAUACCUUUUAAAGUACUAAAGAGAUAUACCAAUGCCAAACUCAAUACUAUAUUCAAAGUAAUAAACAUGUUACCAUUCAUUAGACAGAUAUUAUUUUAUGUAUGAAAUGUUGUUUCAUAUCAUUGAGAAAAUGUAAACUUUGAAUAUAAUGCUACCAGGUCAUUUUUAGUAGGUGAAAUAGCAAAUAUAUAAAUUCCUAUAAUAAUUAAACCAAAUGUAUUUAGAGUAUUAGUAAAUGCAAGGUAAUAAUGUUAGUCAUUAUCAUCAGUUACACUCUAAAUAGUUUAUUUAUUUCAUACAUAAAUAUUGUGGAACAAAUUAAAAUUUGCUAUUUACAAACAUUUAAAAUUUAAUUUCUAAUGAGAUAAGUUACAUUACUAAACAUAUAAACAUCAUUUGAUCUUGUUUCCUGAAAAAACAUUUGGAAUGUAUGUUGUCUAUAGUUGUAGUGUCUGUUAUUCAUAUUUACUUUACCAAAUGUAUUUUCGGUCUCAAAAUAAUGUGAUGCCCCAUUAGUUUUGAUACUGUAAAAUCUAUGGCAACUAUUCUUCAUGAAUCAUCAAUAUUAUUUAGCAAAUUUAAUUUUAGUUGUUGAAAUUAGAAUCUCCUUAUUUUCCUACAAAAUCAAGUUGCUGCUCAAGUUUAGUCUUUAACAUGAAUAAUAAUUUUUACUCAGUACAAAGUUUAUGGUCAAAACUUGUAAUUUGGUUCAUCACAAUUUAAGAAAAAUAAAUGAAUGAGGUUAGAAUUGGGGGUAGAUCUCAAAAACAAAGUUCUGUUUUUUCUUCUACUCUUGGAAAUUUUCUUCAAGCACUAAAGGUACAUUUUCACUAGGAAAAGAAAUCAAAUAGCUUAUGCAAUAUUACAUUUGUAUGUAUCUCCAUAAUGUUCUGUGAUACAUAAAAGCCUUCUUGAUUGUUUUCUGGUAUCUGUUAAGUUGUACCUUAAUUAGAAAGUAGUAUAUGUUUCAUAAAGAAAAUUCUUUAUAAUUUUGUUUGUCAUAUAGUAUUUUGGAAUUUGUAUAAU